AUGAAGUUUACCCCGGCAACAGCUGGAAUAUGCGCUCUGGCAUGUCUGGUUCCUGCAGCGUCUGCGGCAGGUAUCCCAGGCAUAACCUCGGAUGUCGCGAUCAGAGCGGCGCCGGAUGCCCCUGAUGGCUAUGCGCCGGCCAAUGUCGACUGCCCUACCAACCGGCCUGCCGUUCGAUCGGCGGCGAAGCUAUCGUCGCUGGAGGAGGACUGGCUGCAGAACCGGAGGAAGAAGACCACUGCUGCCAUGCGCGACUUCUUUGGCCGCGUGAAGAUCGAUAACUUCGACGCCGUAUCAUACCUGAAGACCCACGCCGACAACACCACUUUGCUGCCAAACGUCGCUAUAGCGGUCUCGGGAGGCGGUUACCGUGCUUUGAUGAAUGGUGCGGGCGCAUUGAAGGCGUUUGACAUCAGGACGGACAAUUCCACUGCUUCCGGGCAGUUGGGCGGCUUGCUGCAGUCAGCUACUUAUCUGUCUGGCCUUAGCGGUGGCGCCUGGCUCGUGGGAUCCAUGUAUAUCAACAACGACUCUACCAUUGCCGAGCUGCAGAAAGGAGGUGAUAGUUCGCUGUGGCAGUUUAGCCGGUCGAUCUUGCAAGGGCCUACCGAUGGUGGCGUUAAGAUUGUUGACACUGUGCAGUACUAUAAGGAGAUGAUCAAGGAGAUUACUCGCAAGAAAGAAGCCGGAUUUGCAACUUCACUCACUGAUCUCUGGGGUCGAGCAUUAUCAUACCAGCUCAUCAACGCGCCACAGGGCGGGCCAAACUAUACAUGGUCUUCCAUCUCAAACAACCAGAUGUUCCAAAACGCUGAUGUGCCGUUCCCAAUCCUCGUCGCCGAUGGUAGGAAUCCAGGCGAGAAACUUAUUGGUGGAAACGCUACUAUUUUCGAGUUCAACCCAUAUGAAUUCGGUACUUGGGAUCCGACAAUCUUCGGCUUUGUUCCAACAGCGUACAUUGGCUCGAAACUCCAUGCUGGAUCACUCCCAAAUAACGAAAAGUGCGUUCGCGGCCUGGACAAUGCUGGUUUCAUCAUGGGCACGUCUUCGUCGCUAUUCAACCAGUUCGCCCUGCACCUCGAUAGUGUGGACAUACCAAAAUUCGUCAAGGACAGUCUCCGCGAUUUCCUCAGUUCUCUAGACGAAGCCAAUAAUGACAUUGCAGAAUACGAACCUAACCCAUUCUACCAAUAUGCCAAUCAGACCUCCCCCUUUGCCAAGGUGGAAUCUCUACCCCUCGUCGACGGCGGCGAGGAUAGCCAGAACAUCCCUCUUCAUCCACUGAUCCAGCCGACGCGACACGUAGACGUCAUCUUCGCAGUUGACUCUUCUGCCGACACCGAGUUCAGGUGGCCUAAUGGUAACACCAUGGUAGCUACAUACCAGCGUAGCUUGAACACAUCUGGAAUAGCCAACGGAACUUCCUUCCCUGCCGUACCGGACAACAACACCUUCGUCAACCUGGGUCUAAACAACAGGCCUACAUUCUUUGGCUGCAACAGCUCGAACACCACCAGCCCGACUCCCCUGAUUGUCUAUAUCCCCAACAGCCCGUACGUCACCUACUCGAACGUCUCUACCUUUGAUCUAAAAUACAACAACACCCAGCGCGAUGCCAUCAUUCUCAAUGGCUACAAUGUUGCUACCAUGGCCAACGCCACUCGCGACGCCAACUGGCCAACCUGUGUCGGCUGUGCAAUGCUAAGUAGAUCAUUUGAGCGUACCAAAACUGCUGUUCCUGAGGCAUGUAAGAAGUGCUUCCAGGCCUAUUGCUGGGACGGCCGCUUGAACAGCACGAAACCAAACAGCUAUGAGCCGAAGCUGUUCUUGACAGCGAUAAACUUGAAGUCUGCUGCUUCUGGUCUGCAGGCUUCGGGUAAGCUGAGCGUUGUGGUAGCGGCCAUUGCCACCUUAUUUGCCAUCACUCUUUGGUAA